AUGGUCGCCGCCAUCACGUCGCUAUUCCUGUGCCUCGCCGUACAACGCUUCCGCUUGCGCGCAGUUGCCCAGUACGACGGCAGGCGGUUUCACGGCGUGCAGAAGAACGUGCGCACUCAGGACGGCGCGCCGCUGCGCACGGUGCUGCUGACGCUCGAGCAAGCGCUCUGGCCCGCGUUGGGCCGGCAAGUAAAGAUUGGCGUCGCGGGCCGCACCGACGCGGGCGUGUCGGCAGAGGGCCAGGUUAUCAUCUUUGACGCUGACACGCUGGAUGGCGAGGCCGCUUGUGUCAGUGUGGACGGUUCCGCUGUGCGAGUGCCGGAUCUGGCUGGUGCUCUGAAUGCACAUCUGCCUGCCGACUUGCAGCUGAAGCGCGUCGACGUCGUGCCAAGCCGCUUCGACGUCGUGCGCUGCGGCACGCACGAUUUUGCCGCCUUCCAGUCGAGUGGUGGCGACCAGAGGAGCACAACACGCACCGUCUACCGGUGCGUCGUCGAGCCCCGCUGCGGCGAGCUUGUGGGCGGCUCCGGCGAGGCGGAGGUUGCGUAUGACGUCGUCGUCGAAGGCGACGGUUUCCUUUACAGGAUGGUCCGCAUCAUCGCCGGCACGCUGCUCAUGGUCGGCAUGGGCUUCGCGCCGGCCGAGACGGUGCUGACGGCCCUCGCCGCCGACGCCGGCUCGGAUGGUGGACGCUGCGGCGGAGGAGGCGGCGGCGGCCAUUGCCCAAAGGCCGAGAUGCGGAUGCGCGGCAUCGUUGGGCCGGUGCUGCCGCCCGAGGGCUUGUGCCUGGAGCACAUUGAGUAUGAUCGCGAGCACUCGUCCGUGUCCGGCGCGCGCCGGCGCGAGCUGUGA